GUACCAAGUGUGAGCGAUCCACUGUCUUCAAAAUCUCAAAAAAUCUCCUCCUUAUCAUCUUCACCCUCCAACCAAAUUCACAAAAUCUACAACAUGAAGAUUCAAUGCGACGUAUGCGAGAAAUCCCCAGCAACCCUAAUCUGUUGCGCCGAUGAAGCAGCACUGUGUGCGAGAUGUGACGUUGAAGUUCACGCAGCAAACAAGCUAGCAAGCAAGCACCAGAGGCUGCUACUCAACAACACACUCUCCGAUAAGUUACCGCCGUGUGAUAUCUGUCAAGAGAAAACGGCGUUUAUAUUCUGUGUGGAAGAUCGGGCUCUGUUUUGUCGUGAUUGUGACGAGCCAAUUCAUUCUGCGGGUACUCUUGCUGCUAAUCAUCAGCGGUUUUUGGCUACUGGAAUAAGGGUGGCGGUUGGAUCUGGUUGUUCGGGUGUGGGGAGUGAGAAGAAUACGUAUGAACCGUUGCCGCCGGCUGCUGAGGUUAAGAUUGCGGCUGUGCCGGAGAUUGUUCCGGUGAAAACUCCGGUGCAGCAAGUUGGUGGGUAUGGUUCACCGGCGUGGGGUGUUGAUGAUCUGUUGCAGUUUGAUGAUUUUGAGCCCUCUGAUAAGAAAGAACAACUCGAAUUCGGGGAUAUCGAGUGGUUAACCGACUACGAUGUGUUUGGCGAUACAGCUGCCGAAGUUCCUCAACUUCCAGCGUCACAACCGAUCAACACCGGCUCAUUCAGGCAAACGAAGCUAUACGGGUCGAAUAACAAGAGACCUAGAUACGAUCUACCGUAUAUUGAAGAUGAUGAUGAGCACAACUUCAUGGUCCCUGAUCUUGGCUAGACUGAAAGAUAUGUUUCGAAAUAUCUGUUUGGUCCUCCUAUUUUUAAAUAAUUGUGUUUUGGUCCCUCCGGUUCUAAGAUGAUCUAUUUACCCCCCCCCCCCCCCUCCUAUUUAACCGUUGGUUAACGAGGGUUACGUGUUGGUGAUGGCGAUGCGACUACAAGUCCAGUACUAUGACUAGUAUUAUUAGUGAUGGGCUGAAAGUGUAUAUCAUUCAUAGUAUGAGGACCAAUUAUUAAUUAGUUCUAAGUCCAUAUUAUGGAUGUUUGAUUAUAUUUUUAUGUAGUGUUGUUAUGUAAUUUUUAGUGUUGAGUUAAAAUCACUUAGUAUGUCAGUUUGGUGAUUAUUUAUGGAUAGUAAGUGUUGUUAUAUGGACUCUAAUGUAAUCAACUAGUAAUUUUUAAUUCUAAGUUUUUUGAUUUGUUUUGA